AUGGCGGAUGCAACCUCACUAGCACCUGCAGGUUGGGAGGUCCAUGUUGGUUUUCGACUGUUUUUGCUUGAUCACAACAAUGACAACUACUUGGUCUUCCAAGCUUUCAACAAUCCAGAAAAUGGGUAUGUUGCAGAUGACACGUGUGUCUUAGGAGAAGAGGUAUAUGUGCGUCAUGAAAAGUUCCAAGGUAGACAAGACUGUCUCCCCGUGGUGAAAGACCCUAUUAGCUAUAAGUACACCUGGAAGAUCAACAAGUUCUCUGCUCUUACUGCAGAUUGUCUAGAUUCUAACACCUUCAUGGUAGCAGAACAUAAAUGGAAGAUACAGGUAUACCCCAAGGGCAAAGGGAGUGGAACAGGCAACCAUCUAUCAAUAUACUUGGCAUUGGCAGAACCAACCAGCCUUUCUCAGGGUAGUCAAAUAUAUGCAGAUUUUACAAUGCGUAUCCUUGAUCGAGUUAAUGCCCAACAUUACUUGGGCAAAGGUACUAAACAGCAGUCGAGAACUUUAAAAGUUAAUGAUGUAAAAAUGUUGAAAAGAUUAAUGGAUCAUUACUACGUAAUCAUCAUGCAUACGACUUUUGGUUGCAGCCAACUAUUGGUUCAGUGGAUCACAGACGGUUUGCGGAUGGCCAAGAUUUAUAUCAAUUGGGUAUUUCAGUUUGCCAGGAGCUGGCUUUCUGGUCAUGGACACUUGUGUUAUAGAGGCUGAAGUCACUGUGCAUGGGGCUACUACUAAUGAUAUUAUGCUCUAAUUAGUACAAAAGGAUCAUGACAGCAAUUAUUGUUGAGAGAAUAUUCUCUACUGAUUGGACAGACCAGAGAGAAGAACAAUGAAGUCACAAGUCUCAUUCUGACAAAUUAACUCAUGCCAAUUUGGCAUGACAUGCUAGUCCCGGUGUUCUUUCUCGUACUAGUUACGCAAAUGAACUACUACUAUUUGGAAUGUAAGCCCAUUAUUUCUCCGUUCUUGUUGUAUCAAAUAGUAAUUGUUUAAAGUGAGGAAAAUGAUGCAAGAAUGCCCUCUCC